GAACGAACUUAAGUUAUUUACCGAUUCGUUCAUAAAUAUUUACAAAAUUUAAUAAUUGUUUUGCAAGAAUUGAUAUAUAUUGCGAAAUGCGAAAAAAUUGGCACAAGAGUAACUCAACGUCGAGCUAACAAAUUUUUUGUAAUUAAUUUCAUCUGUAUAAUUUAUCCAAAAUAAUAGAGAAAUGGCCGACGAAAAGUCUGUAGUGCAAGAAUUUAAAUUGGAUCCAGAUUGCGAGUUGAGGUUUGAACUGGAGAGCAAAAAUGAAAAAGUUACAUUGGAGUUAAAGAAUGGCUUGGCAGAAGUUUUUGGUACAGAAUUGGUGAAAGGGAAAAAGUAUGAGUUUACUGCUGGUGCAAAAGUUGCAGUUUUUACUUGGCAGGGCUGUACUAUUGAAUUAGUCGGGAAAACAGACGUCAGCUAUGUAGCAAAGGAGACUCCUAUGGGUCUGUACUUGAAUUGUCAUGCAGCAAUGGAGCGAAUGAGAGAGAUGGCAGAGAAGGAUGACACUAGAGGGCCAAUAACAAUGAUAGUAGGACCUUGCGAUGUAGGAAAGUCUACACUUUGUAGAAUAUUAUUGAACUAUGCUGUUAGAAUGGGCAGAAGACCAAUUUUUGUUGAUCUUGAUGUUGGUCAAGGACAUAUAGCGAUUCCUGGGACUGUGGGUGCUUUGUUGGUAGAACGACCAUCCAAUAUAGUAGAAGGUUUCAGCCAGCAAGCUCCACUGGUUUUCCAUUUUGGACACAAAUCGCCACAAACCAAUGUAACGCUAUACAACUUACUUGUAACACGUUUAGCAGAGGUCUGCUCAGAUAGAUUACAAGCCAACAAAAAAGCCAAAGCAUCGGGGAUUGUUAUAAAUACAUGCGGCUGGAUCAAAGGAGAGGGUUAUAAAUUGCUUACGCAUGCUGCACAGGCAUUUGAAGUGGAUGCAAUUCUUGUAUUGGAUCAAGAGAGACUCUAUAACGAAUUGGUGAGAGACAUGCCAGACUUUGUGAAGGUAGUCUUUCUGCCAAAGAGUGGCGGAGUUGUCGAGAGAAGCCAGGCGCAAAGAAGUGAAGCAAGAGAUCAGGGUGUUAGAGAAUAUUUCUAUGGUUCGCGGACACCACUGUAUCCACAUAGUUUCGAGGUAAAGUGGAACGAAGCGAGAUUGUACAAAAUCGGAGCACCUGUUCUACCAGCAUCUUGCAUGCCAUUGGGUAUGAAGGCAGAGGACAAUCUGACAAAACUGGUGGCUGUUACACCGGGACCCAGUUUGCUGCAUCAUUUGCUGUCUGUUUCUUUUGCCGAUUCUCCUGAGGAUGAUGUAGUGCAAACUAAUGUAGCUGGAUUUGUUUGUGUGACUAAUGUGGACGUUGAGAGGCAAACAUUUACAGUACUUAGCCCGCAACCUAGACCAUUACCAAAUACAGUGUUGUUAUUGUCGGAUAUACAAUUUAUGGACAGCCAUUAGAUUUAUACUAUUUUUUAUUAUUAUUAUAAAUAAAGUGAUAAAG